AUCAUGCAUAUUGUUCAUGUGUCGAUUUAAUGCUUGAUGUACCCGCCAUUGACACGGCUCUCGAGUGUGUAUCUCUUUUAAUUCACCAUUUUUGUUCUAUGUAUUCCGAUUCCACUGCCACACAUUCUGCUGAGAUUUGCUCUGGCUCACCCCUGGUUCUGUACAGACCGUCCGAUCCUCCUUGCCUUGUAAUAGCUGAAACCAACUAUGGGAACAAACUCUAGCAGGCCUGGUGAAGGGGGAGGCAACCAGGGUGGACAGGGUGCUGGUGAUACAGGCAUGGCAGGCAAUCCCAGUCAGAUGGGGUACGGGGGGACGAGGUUUGCUGGAGGCAGCACAGGACUUUUUGCUCCGAGGCCUGAUGGAAGCCUUUUUGUGCCGAAUUCUCAAAGACAAGUCCCACCUGCUCCUCAACUACAACUCACGGAAACCAUUCGCAACGAUGUAAACCUCAAAAAGCAGACGCUGAAGCUGAACAAGUGUGCCAACUCGCCCAACACCUACUGCCUGGAAUUCCUCUUUGAUGCUGCUGCAGACUGCACAGUUUCCAUCUGGUUCCUUGCAGAGGAACAGGUCGACAGCGCUAACAACACCAUCAAGUUUGAAACUUCCUACGAAAUUCAGCCAAAGACCGUCAAGUUCAAAGCUGCCCUCGGGCAACACUUCACUCAGCCUGAGAACGAGGGGUUCAAUGUCUCGUUAGUUCAGAACCGUGGACAAAUGUACUAUCAUCAUGGAUCGCAGCAUUUCCCCAUUGUCAUCAUGUUGCAAACUUGCGAUGAGAACGCGCACCGUGUGCAAUCACAGAGCACGUUUGCAACAUUCAAGUCGAACGCCGAUGGGUCUCUUUCGGUAGCCGUUAUCAAGCAGAAGAUUCAAGUCAAGGGCAACGCUUAUGAGCUACAGGAAAUCUACGGCAUUGAACAGAACGACGCUGAGAACUCCAAGGAGUGUGUUAUUUGCAUGUCGGCGCCAAAGGACACUACAGUCUUGCCUUGCAGACACAUGUGCAUGUGCAGCGAUUGCGCGAAAGUUUUGAGAUACCAGACCAACAAGUGCCCUAUUUGCAGAUGUUCAGUAGAGUCGCUCUUGCAGAUCAAGGUCAACUCGUCGGGAGAAACUGCUCCUGUUGGCAACUCUUGAAUGUGAUUGGGAAAAUCUUUAAGAGUUUUCACAAUGAUUGUUUCGAAGUUGCGCUGCUCGAAGCAAGUUUAAGUAACAAGAUAGGUAGAAAUCUGCGCUCAACAGAAAAAGUAUGAGACUAAGGACGGCGGGAGAGAGAGAGAGGAGGGAAGAGAUUUUGUUCUUUAUGAUGAAACGAGAGAAAAACG